GGCACUCAUUCCGCUCUGAGAGUCGCCGCGGGCCGUCGCUGUGGCUGCAGUCGCCGCCUAAUGUUUUCGCGCUCCUCCCUUCCCUCCUCCUCUUUCUCCUCCUCCGAGUCCCAGUCAGGCUGACCUGCCCCGCUCGCGGGCAGAAAACUAAGACCUAACUUGCUACCUUGUCUGGAGUCACAUGUGCUUAGGUGACUCUGCAACUUGAUGGACGACGACACCUCUUUUCAACCAAAAAGUAAUGCGCGUGAGAUGAGGUACUGCGAAAGAGGGGGUAGCACGAGAGGAGAUACCGCGAGAGGACGUACCGUGCGAGAGGACGUACCGUGCGAGAGGACGUACCGUGCGAGACGACGUACCGUGCGAGACGACAUACUGCGUGCACGAGAGGACAUACGUGCACGCGAGGACGUACCACGUGAGAGCAGGUUCAUCACGGGAAUCUCGUGCUGCAUCAACAAGACCUGAGACACCAAUAUGUCGCUUCCUGCCGAUAAUUCCAGAAUGGCAGAACUGUUUAUGGAAUGUGAAGAAGAAGAGUUGGAACCUUGGCAGAAGAAAAUAGAAACUAAGGAGGAAGAUGAUGAUGAGCUGAUCUUUGUUGGAGCGAUACCAGGUUCAAAAUCACCUGUUUCAAAUACUGUGAACAGGGGUAAUCCCAGCUCAUCUUCAAAGGAAAUAAAGAAUGAGACAGUCAGUCAAGGUGACGACAUCGAAGACUCGACAUCAAGUCCAGAGGCUGCCUUUCCUAGAUUUCAUCCUGAGUCUAGAUCUUCACGUAGCUCUGAUACCGUUCAGAACGUGUCUAAAUGUGAUUUUACAAAGAGUUCAUCACAAGUUGAGUCGGAUGAGUCUUCAGACCCAUUCAACUUGAGCCAGAAUACAAUACCACUGUCCCAAGAUGGAUCAACAAUUUAUAUAGAAGGUACACAAACCUCACCAACUCCCAAUAAAACUGGAACAUUUUUUGUAAGAGCUUGUCCGAAGUGCAAUGUUCAGUUCAAUCUUUUGGAUCCUUUGAAAUAUCACAUGAAGAUUUGUUGUCCAGACCUGGUAGAUGCAUUUUUGGAAAUGAUUAAAGUAGAGCUUUCAAGCACUGAAAAUAGAAAUACGACUGAUGGAGAGAAAGGAAAACUGAUUAUGUUAGUUAGUGACUUUUACUAUGGAAGACAUGAAGGAACUUUUGAUGAUGACGAGAAGACUUACACAACCUUUAAAUGCUACAGUUGCUUGAAAGUUCUUAAAAAUAAUAUUAGGUUUAUGAACCACAUGAAGCAUCAUUUGGAACUUGAGAAGCAAAACAGUGAGAGUUGGGAAAACCACACCACCUGCCAGCACUGCUACCGUCAGUACCCGACGCCGUUCCAGCUGCAGUGCCACAUUGAGAGUACACACACUCCCCUUGAGUUUUCGACUAUUUGUAAAAUCUGUGAAUUAUCGUUUGAAACAGAACAUAUUCUUCUGCAGCAUAUGAAGGACACUCAUAAACCUGGUGAAAUGCCAUAUAUUUGCCAGGUUUGCCAGUAUAGAUCAUCAUUAUUUUCUGAUGUAGAAACUCAUUUUAGAGCAUCCCAUGAAAAUACUAAGAACCUGCUGUGUCCAUUUUGCCUCAAAGUUAGUAGGAUGGCAACUCCCUACAUGAAUCAUUACAUGAAGCAUCAGAGAAAAGGAAUUUAUCGUUGUACACAGUGCAGACUACAAUUUUUGACCUACAAGGAGAAACUGGAUCACAAGAUUGAACAUCGGACCUUUCUAAAGCCUAAAGAGCUAGAAGGAUUGCCUCCUGGUACAAAAGUCACUAUCCGAGCUUCACUUGGAUCUCUUCAUUCAAGACCAUCAACUUCCAGGAGUAUUCUACCUUCCAGUAGUUCUGCAAGCACUUCUCUUCAGAUCUCUUCUUCAAGGUCUAAAAGUACUGGAAGUUCUUCAAAAUUUGAUGCAAGUGAACAUAAGACAAAAAAGUUUCAUGCAACUGCAUCCACUGGAAGUAAACCUAGUACAAGUAAGCAAGGUAGAGGUGCAGCUAAAUGCAGAGCAAAAACCUCUUACAAGCCAAAGAAAAAACGCAACAGGAAGAGUAAACUCAGCAUAGCUUUGAAGAACUUAAGGUUUCGUCGGGGAGUAUACAAGUGCAUUGAAUGUCAUUCCAAAAUAAAAGAUUUUGCAAGCCACUUUUCAUUAUUUAUGCACUGUAAUUUUUGCAAAUACAGCACUAACUGUAACAAAGCCUUUGUAAACCAUAUGCUGAGCUCUCAUAGCAGCCAGCCAACUAAACGGUUUUAUAUUUUUAAGAGGCGUUCUAGAACUCUCAGGGGCAUUACUCUUGUGUGCCUUAAAUGUGAUUUCCUCGCUGAUUCUUCUGCUCUCGAUCGUAUGGCUAAACACUUGAGUCAACGCAAAACUCACACUUGCCAAGUUAUAAUAGAGAAUAUUCCUGAAAGUACCUCAACUCUUGAACCCACUUCUGCCCUCUUGUUGAAAUAGAUUCCUGCUCUAUGGAGCUCGUGCAACCUGGUGCAAGACAAGUUGGAAUUUCCUAAGUUCAAAGUUCUGAAGUGUUUUCUUAUACAAAGGCAGUUUCCUAAGUUCAAAGUUCUGAAGUGUUUUCUCAUACAAAAGCAAUUAACAGCCAAGUUCAUGACACUAGUUCUCAUUAUUCAGCUCUUUUCAGCUGUCAGAUGGCUCUAGAAUCUUAUUCCACCUUAUCUUUGUGUCAGGUUAACAUACCUUAACAUAUGCUUUUUUCCUGUUGGCUUUCUUCAAAAAUAACUUCUGUUGCUAUGGUCUUUUCUUGCCUUGCUUAAAAUAAUUCGUGUUUUUCUCCGCUAUACUUGCUUUCAGAAUACUGCAUUCCAAAUGAUGUGACUGUUCACCUUUCUUGUCUGUUUUGUCCGGUUUCUUAGUUAGUUUCUUAGGAGAUUACAUUACAUUUUUAGGUCAGAUAGUUAUCUUUUUCUUCAUUCCUUGUCUGUCAUUGUUCUAUUUUUCAUAUUUUUCAGAUGCAGAAGCAACACAGAAAUUUCAAAUAAAGUCCAGGGUAUUCCUGGUCAGUGUCCCCCUUCGAUGGACACGUGUGAUGCCUGUCCUCUCUUUCCAAGGAAUGUGAAUUAUUUGACUGUGAGACCUCCUCUAGAUUUUGGCCUUAAGAAAUCAAAUCUUAGGGAGAGUCCCUUCCUUCAUGACUGGCCUCCCAUAAGACUGAUGCUAAUUUGGCGAGAGAUGACCUCAAGGCCCACCAAAUAGAGCACAACUUUCUGCUGGGGGCUUUGGUUCUUGAUCUUAAGUUUAUGGGUCGAUUCUGACCAAGAAAAGCCCAUCAGAUCAAUGCUUCAACAUCCAAGUUGAAGUUUAAUCAUUCUGGCUGCUGCCCUUUUAUCUUCCUCUAACGUGCAUGCAGUCCAGGGAAUAUAAAAACUGGUUAUAUAGGGAACCAAGGUUACUUUUACUUUCAUGUUCUUGAAAAACAAGUUUCUGAAAUUACAGUUCCAACAUCAGUUUUUUUACUGUUGUUUAAAGUUGUUUCCAGUAUUAAAACCUAGACGCAUUCAGCAAUACUAAUAUUCAAUUUUUUUUAAUUUUUUUAGUCUUAUUUUAUCUUGGUUUUAUGUUGUCUUUGCCAAAUUUAUUAAUGUCUGUUUUGUUAUAUCCUCUUUUCUUUCUUGUCUUUAAAACUUGUUUUGUGUUCAUUUUCUUUCAUUAAUAACUCAAAAAAAUCCUUUGAAUUCCCUACAAAUUUUAUGUAGCUACCUAUUGGCAUCUUCUUAAUUUGGUAAUUAUUCAGAGCACUAGACGUUAUUACAUCCACUGUCUAUCUUGGAACUAUUGUUAUCUUAGUGAUUGUGAGUUCAAAGGCAUGAAGAAUUGUCAAAGAACACUUCCUACAGACCUUAAAACGAGUUUUAAUGUUGCAUUUCUGUACAUCUAAUGCAUACUAUCUUUUUAGCCAUUAAUGUAAUUCCUUUGGAUAAAGAUAAUAUAUUCAGAAAAUAUUGGGACCAAAAAAUGCACUUGUUUCUUGCCCAUAUAUAUAUAGAUGUAUAUUUUUUUUAAUUUGGUGUUUGUUUAUUUUGGUUACAUUGAAUAUAGAUUUGCUGAACAGUUUUGAUGUUAUUAUUUUUUUAA